ACGCUCACCUCCUAAGGUUCGGCCGGAGGUUGAGAUUGUUGCGGGUGCGGUCGUUUCGGGCGGGCCCAGGAGAGGUGCAGAGAGGAAUCGGCCGUAGGUCCCGCUCUGUACCACACUUCCCAGAGGACCUAGUGGCUUGUCGCUGUUCUCGCAGGAAUUCGAACGCUUCGUUACGCCUACGCGGAACCGUGAGAUCAGUGAGGUGAGAGAUCGUGGUCCCGGGGGAACCGGCUCAGGUCUGCAGGUUCCAACCCGGAAAGACCGGAAAGGCCUAAGGAAACCUCUAUGAGGUCAAGUCAGAUUCUAGCCCUGGACAGCAGUGAAGCCUUUCCAUGAGAUACUGAAAUUGGACAGGAUGCCCCAUUCUCCUCUGAUCUCCAUUCCUUGUGUGUGGCUAGUAAGCCAGAAGAGGAGGAAAGAAUGCGUGAUGAACCUCUACAAGCAAUAUCCAAGGGGUCAGUGAUGUUCAGGGAUGUGUCCAUAGACUUCUCUCAGGAGGAAUGGGAAUGCCUGGACUCUGGUCAGAUGAAUUUAUACAAAGAAGUGAUGUUGGAGAAUUUCAGCAACCUGGUUUCAGUGGGACUUUCCAGUUCUAAGCCAGCUGUGAUCUCCUUAUUGGAACAAGGAAAAGAGCCUUGGAUGGUUGACAGAGAGCUAACGAGAGGCCUGUGUUCAGAUCUGCAAUCAAUGUGUGAGACCAAGAUAUUAUCUCUAAAGAAGAGACAUUUCAGUCAAGUAAUACUUACCUGUGAAGACAGGCCCACUUUUAUCCAGCCCACAUUUUUUACCACACAUCAAAAAACUAUUAAUGAAGAGAAACCCUGUGAGUGUAAGAUAUGUGGAAAGACCUUUAAUCAGAACUCACGAUGUAUUCAGCAUCGGAGAAUUCAUUCUGGUGAAAAACCGUAUGAAUGUAAGGAGUGUGGAAAAUCCUUUAGUCGUGGCUCACUUGUCACUCGACAUCAGAGGAUUCACUCUGGCGAAAAACCCUACGAAUGCAAGGAAUGUGGGAAGGCUUUUAGUUGUAGUUCUUACUUUUCUCAACAUCAAAGGAUUCACACUGGUGAGAAACCCUAUGAAUGCAAGGAAUGUGGAAAAGCCUUUAAUUAUUGCUCAAACCUUAAUGAUCAUCAGAGAAUUCACACUGGUGAGAAACCCUAUGAAUGUAAAGUAUGUGGAAAAGCCUUUACUAAAAGUUCACAACUUUUUCCACAUCUGAGAAUUCAUACUGGUGAGAAACCUUAUGAAUGUAAGGAAUGUGGGAAGGCCUUUACUCAACACUCAAGGCUUAUUCAGCAUCAGAGAAUGCAUACUGGUGAGAAACCUUACGAAUGUAAGAAAUGUGGGAAGGCCUUUAGUAGCGCCUCAACACUUACUAACCAUCACAGAAUUCAUGCUGGUGAGAAACUCUAUGAAUGUAAAGAAUGUGGAAAGGCCUUUAUUCAGAGUUCAGAACUUAUUCAACAUCAGAGAAUCCAUACAGAUGAAAAACCAUAUGAAUGUAAUGAAUGCGGGAAGGCCUUUAAUAAAGGCUCAAACCUUACUAGACAUCAGAGGAUCCACACUGGUGAGAAACCCUAUGACUGUAAGGAAUGUGGAAAGGCCUUUGGUAGUCGCUCAGACCUCGUUCGCCAUGAGGGAAUUCAUACUGGGUGAAUAAUAGAAAGCAAGGCCCUUU